UAUGAAUACGAUAUGUAACUGGAAAGUUAUGCAUUUUUGACUCUGAUAUGGCAGACUGUUGAAUUCAACUUCCGUCGUUUGCAGUGUACAUUUGAUUUCGCAUUUCUUGCUCGCUAUAGCCUAUUUACUUUUCAAACUCACUCGUUUGACAGCAGGUGAAUAGCCAGCCUACACACCGAGGUCGAUAGAUAAUUCACGGUUUACACUGGGUACGUCAAAGCACAGUUCUGUAGCUUUCCACUGCCUCCGUGUUCAAAUCCAUUGUCAUGACUAAGCUUCUCCAGUGGCUGUUGGGCGCCUCUGUGUUUGGGGUUGCCUGGGGGCUUGUGGUCCUUGACUUGAUGAACCUGAGGUUGCCCCGGGCGUACAGGGAGGUGGCCUGGCCCAUGCCCAUGUAUCUCCUGGUGGUGUUCGGGUGCUACUCCCUGGCCACCAUCGGGUACAGAGUGGCCACCUUCAAUGACUGCCGAGAGGCAGCCAAGGAGCUACAGGCUCAGAUCCAGGAGGCCAAUCUCGACCUUCAGAAGAAAGGACUGAAAUUCUGACUCAGAGUGCUCCUGGGGGAACACUGAGGUCUCUUUCCCCUCUCAGAUACCCUGGUUUCAGCAGGGUGUUGGACAUUGUGACCCUGACUAAUACACACUGACAAAUACUCGCGCUGUAAGACUGAUUAAGGUGCAAUACUGUGAAUGUGUCUGGUUUAAUUGUUGAACUCAACACAUGAAUCAUGUUGAAUGUUGUUUUUACCUGUUGCGGGCCUGUUUUGUUUCAAAUGGGAAUUUUUGUGGGGGAGACUGGGUGGGGUAGGGUGUGGCGGGGCAGGAUGUGCAUGUGAUUUAACUCCUUAAGGUUUAGGUAUAUUUCAGUGGUGUACGCUCCUGAUCAAUGAGAUCCACAGUCCUGAGCGCUUUCCAGCUUCCUUUUAGCCAGCUGCUGAUUGACACCUGGAACAACCAGUCAACUGAGUUCUAGUCCAGUCGGUCAAAUCAAUUUAGCUGUAAAGACCUCUGUUGGCAGGAAGGCCAGAAACUCAUUAGUUCCAAGAGUGGUGGCCAGUAGGCUGUAAAUUUGCUAUGGGAGGAUGAGCAAUAUAAUUGGUGGAACUGCCACGUGCUGUCAGUUCCAAUGAAAAGACUUUCCUCUCCGAAGCAAAUUGCUGACUGGUUCAUCACCUCACUCAUUAAAAAUCUGAUGGUUCCACUCGGCUUGUGGUUUGUGAAGCUUUACCCUCCCAGCACUGCCGCAGAUAGUCUAUGCAGAACUCACCUUUAAACUGAAAAUGGCCCUGGACUUAUAUUCCUCUUAUUAGCAAAGUCACCAAUUUAACAGGUCAGCUCUCUGCACCUUUUCACUCAGUUAUCUGUUGUUUAUCCUGACUACCUGUAUUCACCAGACAACAAUCGGUAAUUAUAAUAGAUUUUGGGCUAUUUGUCAGUUAGAUUCUGUCAAUUAUGUUUAUUAUAAGUGUUGUAUGACCCUUGCUAAAAUGAAUCCAACGAUGUUUCGUGUAGGCUGCUGGUCCAGAUCGGAUGCAGUGAAGUCUAAAUAAAUCAGCUUCUAAAAAGGUCAUCCUUGCUGGAUUGUGUGUCAGUAGUGCAGAACCAUGAAAGACUUAAGGUUCGGGAUACAGAUGCAGUAAAUGUAAAUAUUCUGCCUCCCUCCUCUUGCGCAUUGGCCAUCUCUGCAUUCCUCUACAUGCCAUAGCAUGCUAGGGGCAACUGUUACAGCUUAGGGCAGUGGUACUCAAACUAGGGGGUGGGGUUGACUGGUGGGUCGCGUGGUACCAGUGACAAAAAUAACGUACUAGGCCUAUAUAUAAUACCCUUUCCUAUGACAUUCACCCAGUCAAGCAUGAUACAUGUACUGCCCGUUAUACACUACGUUAUACAUGCAGUUGUGUUGCCAUAGCUUUAAAAUGUAUUAAUUACAUAGCUGGUCAUGUUUUUUAAAAUUAUUUUAAUAAAUGUUGACUCAAAGA